UCCUCUUCCAGUCCUCGGCUGAUGACUAAGAGCCUGUCUCUGGAUCCUGGUGCUCACGGUGYUUGCCUCGGGGCCGACGACUCAGACACCCAGACUCCUCGCCUCAGCUCAGACCCCGGAUCUCUGACCUCUGGGUCCCUUGGUCUGCACCCAUCCACGCCCCUGCUGCACCCAGCUGGACACGGCUGUAACGGAGGAGACACUGAGAGUGGAACUCCUCAAGAAGUGCCCUCCACCGCCCUCAAGAGACGCCCUCCCUUACCUGGGCCUAAACCACAAGUGCCCCCAAAGCCUCCUCACCUGCAGCAGAGUGCUGGUGCUCCUAGCCCUGCCCCCGCGCCCCGGACAAGCCCCUCCCACCCCUCCACCCUGCAGACCUCUUCUGCAGACCCCAGAGGGGGAGGAGCCUGCCGACCGCUGACACUCCCCCGUGCCGAGGGAAGCUCCUCCCCCACCGCUGUGUGCUCUCCCUCAUUGAGAAGUUUGAGAGGGAGCAGAUCAUUGUGGUGCCUGAUAUCAUGGGAGGGGGUCUCUUUACCCCCAGGGUCCCGGAGACAGGACCAGUUGGGAGUCCCUUCUCUCCCCCAGUCUCAGAGCUCACUCUGGGCUGUCUCCACGUGGCCUGCCCCCCUGCUUCCUCUCAAGAGAUGGAUGACCUACCUCAGGGGCUGGCUGUGUUGGCUGGCGUGGUGCUGGGAGAGAAAGCAGCGGAGACAGACAACAUGGAGGAGGGUAAUGAUAAAGAACUAGGAGCGUUGUGCUCUGCCUCUGACAAGCGACUGUCCAUGGAGUCCGGUUAUAGCGCCUCAGAGAAACUCACAGACGCCGUGGAGAUAAGGGGGCAGGCGGAGUCAGAAAGCCAAUCAGGGAUCCCCUCUGACAACUUGUCCCUCCUCCAGCCGCAAGUGGACGGCAAACUGGCCAAUCGAGACUCUGGCAUCGACAGCAUCAGCUCUCCGUCCCACAGUGAGGAGCUGUGUUUCGCCGGCGACGAGGACCGGGUCAUCUUCCCCUGUAGUCCCGCCCUCACGCUGCCACGCCUCUCUAGCUCCUCCUCCUGCAGCUAUGCGGAGGGUCCGGGRGGAGAGGGGGCGUCGGCUGAGGGUGGGGGGGAUUCGGAGGGGGACAGUGACUUGGAGGAGGGGAGCGGGGAUGAGACCAUUGAACUCAUCAACCCCAUGAUGGAUCUGCAGCCUCUGGCACUGGCCCUGCCUAAAACAGACAGACAGGACUCUACAGAG